GGAUAUUCGACAAUGUGUUGAGUGAUGUUUUGUGGGCAAAGGCAGUGAUGCUUACCACUACGACAGCUGCAACUGUUGGCCUUUCUAUACAAAUCCCGAUUGCUACUGUUGCAGACAUGGUUUUCAAGAGUGUUGUCCCCGGGCUGGGGAUUAUAGUCGGGGCCGCCAUGAUCCUUGUGGGCUUCUUUGGAAUCUACUUGCCAGAACUACGAGAGUGACUGAAGUCCUAAGGAACGAGCGUUGAUGUGCACGAGGUCGACUGCCACUCUUCUCUGGUCAUGGAACGUAUUGCUGCCGCACCUGACCCAGAAGCCUGGGCACCUUCAUGAUGCUAUCUAUCCCUGUCUAGCCUAUCAGGUAUAUGCUGUCAUGGCGUCCUUGCCUGGCCAUUGAAUGAAAGUCUGAGCUAUCUGGUGUCAUGUACAGCCUGUCAAGUGCAACGUGAGCGAUACACUAAACAUUGCCGCAUGCAUCUAUAAUGCUGUGUGUAUAAGCUGUAGGUAAUCCUGUAAGAAUAGAAUGAUGAGGAGCUUGAUGCCCUUUUCAAGUUUUCAGGAGGUGCGACUGGCUGUUGGGCACAACAGUCCUGAUCAUGGGAGCAUGUACCAUUCCUUGAGGAAUGGGAUUUGUGUCUGCGAGGCAUGUUCUGAAGCCACAUCCGUCUCCAAGCUUGCCUCGCAUAUUGGUAGAUAACCUGGGUCUGUACUGAUUGGAGGCCAGAGGAAUUUCAGUCUCAGCUGCGGCCUGGAGCAGCCUACAUGCAGCACCACCUGGCAGACGAGUUUGCAAAUGAACGGCGUCGGUUGCUGCAGAGCGAGCAGUGGACGUAGUCGUUUGUCCGUUUGGCAACUGGAUGGAUGUCAAACAUUUGUAUAUAAGAAACAGGAAUUGCAUUCCAUAGUCUUUUCAUUGGAAAAACAGACCCCGUGGCACGCAUAUGCAUUAUUGCUAUGUCUCCUGCGGCAGUUAAUCUUGGUUUGAUGAUUAUGCCCAUGUGCUUCAUUCGUCACAAUAUGGUGGAGGAGUGGAGGAAGAACAGAGGAUCAUUAUGUGUGAAGAGAGAGAUGGGAUUACGAACGCAACUUCACUGUUUGAAUGAGGACACUAUGUCCGCCCAUCGGUGUGUUUUCUGCUGUUGCAUCCCAUUCGCAUUCAGUCAGACUGUGCUUCAGUAUAGUUGUGGAAUUCAGUCUCAGCUGCGGCCUGGAGCAGCCUCCAUGCACCACCUGGCAGACGAGGUUGCAAACGAACAGCAUCGGUUAAGCGGUGGACGUAGUCGUUUGUCUGUUUGGCAGAGAGAUGGGAUUACGAACGCAACUUCACUGUUUGAAUGAGGACACUAUGUCCGUCUGUCGGUGUGUUUCCUGCUGUUGCAUCCCAUUGGCAUUCAGUCAGACUGUGCUUCAGUAUAGUUGUGGAAUCUCUGUCAUCCAAUGGUGUAUCUUGGCGAUUCUCCAGCUAGGAUGCUUAAGAAAAACCGGACACUUGUCGCGAGCUGGGUUCCAUUAAAGCACCCGUAUGUUUCCCGACCAGCCAUUUUUUCUGAUGCAGCUGUUGGCGCGCCGCAAGUUUUGAGGCCCGGCCUGCCAAGUCGAAGCUGCCGUGCACGCCAGGCAGAAAAAAAAAAGGUGGUCCCCAUGCAGGCUCUGCAAAACUCAGCGCGUGGCGGGAAUUGGCCUCAGGAAAAAGAGUCUUGUAAGCACUGCGGUGCGUGUUCGCUUUUGAGUGCAGGUAAAAUUGUAAACCCCAGAUGUUGCGGCACUCAGACACAGCAAGUAGUGUUUCAGCUCUGUGUAAGUUUCCACUUUCAAAACCUUCAGUCUUGGAUUUGGGGGGACUAGCGACACGAGGGAGGGGGUGGUCACAGUCUCGCUCCCAGCGCAUGCCCUUGGCAUGUGUAAGCCAGAGACUUGUCAAGCGACGAUAACAUAUCGGAUGUGUUAUCGAAGAACGAGGAUGUAGAAGAGAGAGGUAGUCAAAGUCUCCCUGCCAUCCCAACAUGAUCAGAGGAGUUUUGGGAAAGUUUUAACUUUUUUCCUUUUUUUUUUAGCCAACGAAGGCAUUGAGGAGGGAGGUUAACAGGUUUCACUGCCCAAGCUCGUCUGGGUGUGAAUCCAGUACGUUCAGCGACUUCAGACGCAGCCGAUAGUGGUAGCGCCACUAGUUUGCUCGCCUUUGCAUAAGUGGGAGCGCUGUAACGAGGGCAAUCAUGAGGUGCUGCAGCUGCUUCUUAGAGGAUGAAUGCAUGGAGGGCUCUGGGUGUUUUCUCUGUAAGGCGACAAACAACUUGCUAUCUAUACAACUUCUUUGGAGGGUAGAACAUAAUUAUAACGUCUGGGCAACUUCUUUGCUCGUGUUCCUAGAGAGCUGAACUUCUUCGUGGCGGCGGCUGCGUUCUCCACGUCCAGGGUCUUGAUGAGCGGAGAUUCGAUGCUGGGUUCUGAGAGCAUACUCAACCCCUGGAUAUGUCAGACUGCAAUGACAGCCAGGCUUUGGACAUGCUGAACCACAGUUAUGCCCAGGGCUCAGUUAAAAAAGUCCUGUGCGUACGCUCCAAGUCCUGCUUGUGCUACUAGGAUAGUAAUGGUUGUUUGGCAGUAUUGACGCCUUUUUCAAGUAAGACUUGCAAACUCUAUUAUGGCUUUUGGUAUUUCAGACUACUUCAUAACUUCUUACGUAUGUAUACUCAUAUUUCGAUUCACAAGUAUUACAUAAAUCCUAAGUCUCCAAUUAAGUGGGGCUUAUUAGAGAAUCCUCUUCCUAUCCAACGUAUAUAUAGCUUGGCUAGCCUACCUCUUUCUCUGGUGUCGAUUGAGGCGCGUUAGCGGAAUAUCCCAGUUUCGAAAUCGGAUAUUAUAUUAUGAAAGCUUAAGUACCCACUGGUAUAUAUGCUAAUUGUAUUAUUGUACACAAUUUCCCGAAGCUAUGCACAUUAUUCAUGACUGGGCUACCUGUUUUUAAACAAGAAACUUCGAAUGCUUUUGAAUCUAUGGUGUUAAUUCUACUCUCUACUUGUAGUAUGCUUUUCAUGAUCUCAUCGUAUGAUUUGAUUGCCAUGUAUUUAGCCAUCGAACUUCAAAGUUUAAUAAAAUGCUUUGUUGAAC